UCCUGCUGGCCUGAGGAAACAAGGACAAUUGUGGGGAAGUUAGAGAAAGACUUUAGCAGUUCAGCAUAAUAUAAAACCUUUUAAACGGUCAAAAUUUGCCAAAAUAAUUCAUUGGGAGAUAGUAAGCUUUCUGUCACCUGAGGCAGUUCAGGAAAGACUGGAAGAUAAUGUAGUGUGUAUGUUUUGUCCACGAAAAUGGGUGGGGUAAGAGGAGUGGAGGAGAAAAUUCAGGCAUGAAAAUCAUUUGGAUGGGGUGACCUUUAAGAGUAUGUGAUUCUUUACAACCUGGGAUCAAAUAAGGGUUUCAUUCUUGCCUCCAAACUCGACAACUUAUCUUCCCAUCUGUUUGCCAUAGUUUAAAUUUUAAUCUAUUUCAUAUUUCAGGGUAUUAUGCCCUGAAUAUUUGAUUUGAAUGCUGUGGCAGAAGGUCACUCAUAUUCAUUUAUUUUCUUUUACUCUUAUACACUUGCAGUGAGUCUUUUGAAUCCAUUAUGCAAACAUAUGCAAAUCAUAUGCAGAUAGUGUGUCCUCAGAAAAAUGACAAAAUCUUAUGGCCUUAACUGAGCCAUCAAACCUGUCUUUAAGAGGGAAAGUAAUAUGCCUUUUGAAUGUCUCUGGGGCAGGAGACAAUUUCCUGAGAGUGAUAUUUACAUGACGUUGGAAUUGGUUACUCAGAGGCGUCUUUGCCUCAUAUUCUUCACAUUUAUGUAGGACUUUGAGGUUAAGAAAGUAUUUUCACAGAAAUGAUCCCAUUGGAUCCUCAUAAUUACCCUGUGAUGUUGGCAAAACAGGAAUUGGAAUUCUUGUUUUAUUAUUCAGAUGGGAAAUAGACUCAGAAAAGUCAAAUGACUUGCCCAGGUUUGCUCUGUUGGUAAAUGAUGGGUCUGAGGCUUCAAAGUAGAUCUCUUUUCAGUCCAAGAACUCUUCCAUGACACUGUGAUGUGUGUCUUCUUCAAAGCAAGGUGGUUGUCAUCAGUCUGGGUUUGCUUGGACGGCAUUUCGCCAAAAGCAUCUUUGAAGGUGUUUUGUUGAUGAGGAUGGCAUUUUAAGGGUGACCAGAAAAGUCUAAUUAUUUGUAGUAGCCCUAGCACAGUGCCAACUACAGAGUUUCUCUAACCACCCCCCUGCUUUUUCGCAUCUGCUCUGAAAUCUCCAGAUGAAGAACUUUCUUCACACCGUACACUCUUCAGCUUUUUCAGGAGGCAAAAUUCUUCCUUAAACUAUCGGGAGUAAUAGCACAGUCUCUGCAGUGAGACUGUCUGGAUCUGAAGCCCUAAUCUACCACCUUCUAUUUGUGUGGUCUUGGAGAGGUCAUUGAUUCCUCUAAGCAUCAGUUUCUACAUCUAUAUAUAAAAUGGGGGAAAUAAUAUCACCUCUUUGAUAGAGUAUAUGAUAAGGAGAUAUCUAUAAAACAAAAGAAAACCUACUUAGACACAUAAUAUGUGCUCAAUAAAUGGUAGCCACUGUAAUUACCAUAUUAGUGGUUGUAACACAGUAGUGGUAGUAGUAUUAUUCUCUCAAGGUAUUGUGAAGUCUGAUGCUAAGAACUGGCUCUUGGAAAUGGAAUGGGAGGACAGUAAUACCAAAUAUCUCGUAUAUGUCAAAGGACUGGAGAACAGACAAUGUCUGAGGCAGCCAAAUUCAGCCCAGUGAGGAAUACAUGAACUUUAACUUUCUUUAGUCACUACCAUAUCUUGCAUCAUAAUGAGGGUAGUUGCAAUCCUGUUUCGAAGGUAUUUCUAAGAAAAAAAUAGAGCCAAGGUUGGCACCCUUAACUCUUCUCUCUCUUAGUCAGACUGCCCUGUAUAUGGCAGUGGUCUCUACUUCCCUGGGUCACCUUGGGAGGGAACAAGAGGGGAUUCCACUCCAGCCGCUUUAGCAGGCCUGAAUCACGGGGUCAAGGGAUGGAUUUUUCCUCCUCCUGUACCAAGACCAGAAGUGGGUACUGUGAAGGUGGCCAAGGCAGCAGCUCCACUCCCUUUCUGGGAUGACCCUGCUCCAUCUUGCCCUAUUCCCAGCUCCAGCACAUGUGCCCUAUGCCCCCCACAGAGUGCUCUGCCCUACCAGUAUGCCCCAGCACCUCUCCUGGUCACUCACCUAGGCCAGCUAACAAGGUGGCCUCCUCCGUGAGGACAGAUUCCUGCUCCCACAGCCUCUUCGAUGGAAAGGGACCAAGCUGUUGGAGCUGGCCAAACCGCUGAAGCUCGCCUAGGGUCACUAGGAACCAUCACCCUGAGAGUCCAUGUGACCAGCGAAAAGGAACUGCACGACUGAUUCAUGUUGGCCAGGAAAUGCACUGGGCCGUUCUGAGGCUGGGUGCUCAGCUAUUUUUGGCAAGAAUGGGUACGAUGCAGAAGGGACUUCCCCUUUUUUGCAGCAAAGAGCCAACAAAUGCUGAGCAGUCUACAGCAUUUCUUGUUCUCAGAUUACCCUUCUGAGCACUCUCUGGCUGCCAGAUUAUCGAGGCCAUCAUAGCUUGAUUCGAUUUCUCAGCUCCAGGCAUUAGCUAACCCUACCAAGCUGGGUCGCCUCGGUCCUGUGAUGGCUCUCCGUGUCGGCUGCUUCCUGUUGGCGGUGCUGAUUUCUGCCAGCUGUAAAGUCAUCACCUCCUCAAAUCCAAUGUGCACUGAGAAAGAAGCCAACAAGACAUAUAACUGUGAAAAUUUAGGUCUCAGAGAAAUUCCUGACACUCUACCAAAUACAACAGAAUUUUUGGAAUUCGGCUUUAACUUCUUGCCUACAAUUCAAAAUAUAACCUUCAGCAGGCUCAUAAAUCUUAUCUUUUUGGAUUUGACCAGGUGCCAGAUUAACUGGGUACAUGAAGAUACUUUUCAAAACCAUCAUCAACUGAACACCAUUGUGUUAACUGGAAAUCCCCUGAUAUUCAUGGCAGAAACAUCACUUACCGGGCCCAAGUUGCUGAAGCAUCUUUUCUUAACCCAAACAGGAAUAUCCAAUCUUGAGUUUAUCCCAGUGCACAACCUGGAAAACUUGGAAAGUUUGCAUCUUGAAAGCAACCAUAUUUCCUCUAUUAAUCUCCCAGAAAACUUCCCAACACGGAAUCUGAAAGUCCUGGAUUUUCAGAAUAAUGCUAUACACUACAUCUCUAGUAAAGACAUAAACGCUCUGGAACAGGCCACGAACCUAAGCCUUAACUUCAAUGGCAAUGACAUUAAAGGCAUUGAGCCUGGGGCUUUCAAUUCAAAAAUCUUUCAAAGUUUGAAAUUUGGAGGGUCUCUCAACUUAUCUGUUAUAUUGAAAGGUCUACAGAACUCUACUAUUCAGUCUCUUUGGCUGGGGACAUUUGAGGACACUGAUGACCAAGACCUCACUUCAGCCACAUUUGAGGGACUUUGUGACAUGGCUGUUGAGAGCAUCAACCUACAAAAGCACCACUUCGAUGGCUUCUCACCUUCUACAUUUCGGUGCUUCACUCGACUCCAGGAGUUGGAUCUGACGGCAACUCACUUGAAAGGAUUACCCUCUGGGAUUGAGGGUAUGAACUCUCUCAAGAAAUUAGUUCUCAAUGCAAAUAGUUUGGACCAAUUGUGUCAAAUCAAUGCUGCCAGUUUCCCAUCCCUUACAGACCUCUAUGUCAAAGGCAACAUGAAGAAACUUGACCUCGGUGCCAGGUGUUUGGAAAAACUAGAAAAUCUUCACAAACUUGAUUUAAGUCACAGUGAUAUUGAGGCUUCUGACUGUUGCAAUCUGCAACUCAAAAACCUGUCCCACUUGCAAUACUUAAACCUGAGCUACAAUGAGCCCCUUGGUCUCGAGGAUCAGGCGUUCAAAGAAUGUCCUCGGCUAGAACUCCUGGAUUUGGCAUUUACCCACCUGCGUGUCAAGGCUUCACAAAGUCCUUUCCAAAACCUCCAUCUCCUGCGGGUUCUGAAUCUCUCUCGCUGCCUCCUUGAUACCAGCAAUCGGCACCUUCUAGAAGGCCUGCUGGAUCUCCGGUAUCUGAAUGUACAAGGGAAUCACUUUCAAGAUGGGAGCAUCUCAAAGACCAACCUACUUCAGACAGUGAGCAGCUUGGAGAUUCUGAUUUUAUCCUCUUGUGAGCUCCUCUCCAUAGACCAGCAAGCAUUCCACGGCCUUGGGAAAAUGAGCCACUUAGACUUAAGCCACAACAGCCUGACAGGCGACAGCAUGGAUGCUCUUAGCCCUCUUCAGGGGAUCUACCUCAAUCUGGCCGCCAAUAACAUUCGCAUCAUCCCACCCCAUCUCCUCCCCACCUUGUCUCAGCAGAGCACCAUUAAUUUAAGUCACAAUCCCCUGGACUGCACUUGCUCAAACCUCCAUUUCAUAACAUGGUACAAAGAAAACCUGCAUAAACUCGAGGGCUCGGAGGAGACGGUGUGUGCAAAUCCCCCUGCUUUAAGGGGAGUUAAGCUGUCUGAUGUCAAACUGUCUUGUGGGAUGACGGGUAGUGGCAUUUUCUUUCUUGUAGUUUUUGUAUCCUUGCUCAUCAUUCUAUUCAUUUAUUCAGUUAAAUUUCUUCUUAGGUGGAAAUACCAGCACAUUUAGGGCUGAAGA